UGCGGCGGUAAUUCUCACUGCAUCCCGCUGAGAAAGCUUUUGGUCAGGCAUGUGAGCGGACAGCUGUGAGGUGAGGUCCUGACGGAGACAGGAAGAGAAGAUGACGGUUCAUAACCUGUACAUAUUUGACCGGACUGGGAGCUGUUUGUUUUAUAACGAGUGGAACCGGAAGAAGCAGGCGGGGAUCUCUAAGGAUGAGGAGUUCAAGCUGAUGUACGGCAUGCUGUUCUCCAUCAGAUCAUUUGUCAGCAAGAUGUCUCCCCAGGACAUGAAGGACGGCUUCCUGUCCUUCCAGACCAGUAAGUACCGUCUCCAUUACUACGAGACGGCGAGCGGCCUGAUGUUUGUGAUGAACACGGAUCUGUCAGUGAGCAACGCCAGAGACACUCUGCAGCACAUUUACAGCAACCUGUAUGUGGAGCUGAUCGUGAAGAACCCGCUGUGUCCGUCCUCCCAGACGCUGGACAGCGAGCUGUUCAGCAGCAGACUGGACUCCUUCAUCCGCUCUCUGCCCUACUACAGCCCGCGGGCCGCCUGAACGCACCACGCUGUGUCAGUACCGACCCAAACCCCCGGUCCGGUUCUCACAGUCCUGUCCAGAAUCCUCCUGAGGUCAGAGGUCAAAACCGUUGCCUGGACUGAGGUAAAGACCAACCAGCGUCUACUUCAGAACAUCAGGAAGUCUGGAGAACUGGUAACCUGGAGCAGAACACAGGCAGGAGGAGGACUGGAUCAGCAGAACCGGAUCAGAAGUUUGGGUCAGGCUUCUUGUAUUUAUUAAGUUGUUUUGUAUUUUCAACAGAACUCUGUGUUUAUUAAACCUGGUGGGAUCCUU